AUGAUUACGAACUUAAUUUUUUCAAGUUAAUAAAUACUCAAGAAUCAAGAAGAAAUCUCAACUGAACAUAUCGAUUCUUAGUCAUUAGUGCAAGAUUUCGAUUGCGAUCCAAUUCUAAAAAGCAAAGUAACCUAAGAUAUUUUAGGGAAACUUGAUUCAAACACAUGCCCUGACUAUACUCUAUAUUUUCCAGUCAUUUUUGGAUUAAUUGGUACUUCAUGCACUGAUGAUGUAAUAUAAACAGGGUUCAAUGUUGAUGCUACUAACAAUAUGAUAUCAGUAGGUUAUGUCUCUUCUGCUACAGCAGUAAGCUGUCCUCUUUUUACAAAUAACUAAAUUGGAAAGUACCCUUUUAUAUCAAAAUUAGACCAAUAUGGCUAAAUACUAUGGAUAAUAACAAUGACAACUUCUUUAAAUAGAGAAUUUUAAAGCCCAAUAAUUGGUGGCACCUAUGCAUAUUCUUAUCUUGUUGGAACUAAUCUUCUCAGAAUAGUUAGACUUUCAGUGGACACAGGAACUUAAGACCUCGAGAAAAACUUUGAUUUUGUUAGCACUUCCACUACAACAAUUAAAAAUGCUUAACUUCAUCAGGUAUCACUUGAGCUUGAUAUUUACUCACUCAUAGGACGCACAAUUAACUUCAAACAAUAUUUGGCAACUUAAUUUCUUCUAUACUAGUGCGACUUAGUACUCAAAUUCUGUGUAAAAGAUAUAAAAAUCAGAUGGAGCUAUAAAAUAGGAACUUAGAUGGUACAAUUCUGCACCGACUGUAAAUUAAGGUUCUCUUGUAAUUAACAGUGA